AUGUCCGACUUACCCACGCGACCGCCGGCACUCGCGCCGCCUCUGCCUGCAGGCUGGACGGAGCACAAGGCGCCCUCUGGACAUACAUACUACUACAACAAAGAGACGAAGAAGUCGACAUACAAGCGACCUACGGCAGUGAUACCACAAUUUCAAGCUCCAGCGCCCUCAUUGGACCACUCAUCCUUUGAUCUGCCUUUGACCGGCGCCUACAACGCGCAACCCAAGCAAGACACCUUCAACCCCCAGCGGCAGAUACAAGAUCUCAUCUUUGGAGGCGCACCACAGCAAUUUCCUCAGCAGCAUGGCGGUCCACAAAACCCAGCAAGAGGGGGACAUCGAGGAGGAUUCCGUGGGGGUCAGAACAACUUUUCAGACAGGAGACGGGAGCGGGAUGACAGGCCGAAGCACCGAAACGACAUCCCAAACUGCGCGCCAUGGAUCUUGGUCAAGACGAAGUUCGGGCGACGCUUUGUGUGGAAUAAGGAGACCAAUGAGAGCUUCUGGAAGUUCCCACCAGACGUGAUGAAGGCGGUGGUUGAGUUUGAUCGCAAAGAGCGCGAAAAGAAGGAGCGCAGAGAACGCGGCGAGCCAAGCGAUGUCGAGGAAGACGACGCGAUGGCGGAGAUCGAGGCGGAACUUGCGGCUGCGGAAGAGGAGGUCGAGAUUGUGUCCGUUGAUGGAGAUGCUGGCAUGGAGGACGAUGAAGAGUACGAGGAGGUUGAGGUCACCGACGACGAGGGCGAAGAACCAAGCAACGCGCUAAAGCGACAAAGAACGGAGGGCGCAAGUGGAGAUCAGCCAGGUGAAGCCGAAGACGAUGAUCUUGCGUGGCAGCUAGCGCAAAUGGAAGAGAUGGAACUGCAGGGAGGGGAGGAAGAGGAGUAUUACGAGGAUGAGGAUCCAAUAUUGAGCGAAGAGGAUUGCAAGGCCUUGUUUAAAGAGCUACUUGACGACACACGGAUAAGUCCCUAUACGCCAUGGGACAAGAUCCUCGAAGACGGCAUACUCUACGACGACGAGCGCUACAAAGCCCUCCCCAACAUGAAAGCCCGCAACGAAUGCUUCAACGAAUGGUCUCGCGAAAAGAUGCAAUUCCUCAAAGAAGAAAAAGCCAAACAACUAAAACUCGACCCACGGAUACCCUACCUCGCCCUCCUCGACCGCCACGCCACCCCAAAACUCUACUGGCCAGAAUUCCGCCGCAAAUACAAGAAAGAGCCAGAAAUGAAAGACGGCAAGCUGUCCGACAAGGACAAGGAGAAGCUCUACCGCGACCACAUCAAGCGACUAGGCAUGCGUUCUUCCGACCUCAAAUCCGACCUCACAGCCCUCCUCCGCUCCCAACCCCUCGUCUCCCUCAACCGCUCCACAACACUCGACACACUACCUACAGCCAUCCUCACCGAUCUGCGCUACAUAUCCCUUCCGCCUUCCACGCGCAACACGAUGAUCGAAACAUUCAUCUCCACGCUCCCGCCCGCGCCUGAAGGUGCCGUGCUCUCGGCUGAAGAAGAAGCCGCCCAAGCGAAGAAGUGGGCUGAGCGAGAAAGGAGGGAGAAGGCGCUAAAGGAUCGCGAGAGGAGGGUGGAGGAGCAGAAGAGGAAACAAGAGAGGGAUCUGGCGUAUGGGAAAGGUAGGUUGAGGGAGGAAGAGGAGGAGAUUGAGAGGGCGAUGAGGGUGGGGAAGGAUGGGCUGAAGGGGCAUUUGAAUGGUUAG